UCUUCCCUUGGCUCAUUCACUUCCGAUGGGAAUGAGAUUCUUCAACGUCACAUUCGGCUUUUCGCUCCUGUUCUUAGUUAUGGCCGCUGAAUCAUACGAAACUCCCUGGCCUUCGGAAGACUUCGACGAUCAGGACACGAGAGAGGUGCUGGUACCCAUCGCCUUCAUCCCGCUUCCCUUGGCCUACAACCACAUGCUGAGGACGAGCAGCAGCCACGCCCUCAAGCGAAACUCGGAGAUUCUGAACACCCUCCUCGGGUCGGGGGCCCUCAACAACAUGAAGAACAACGGCAGGCGGCGAUAGUUAUCUUUGCUUACCGGAUGACCAACGAACGGUAUUAGAAGAUGCUCACCUAGGCUCAGUGGAAAACCUACAGUGGAACGCCAAGAUGAUGACCCGUAUGAUACGUUUUUAGAUAAAUACACAUUUUAAUGAGUCAUUAACGUUCAAAGUGCACUGGCGCACUAUAACGUCAAAGCAGAAUAACAUGCAAACAAACGUGAGUGGCCCAGUCCUACCUCUCUCCAAGUUUAUAUUUUCCCUUUUCCUUGUAACUGGCUGGGUGUUGACUGCGUUCUUCUUCCCUUAUACCUUACCUUACAUUUCCUUACCCAACUACCCUUCAUUAUCCUAAGAAAUAACAGACU